AGGCGUGUGCCGAAGCCUGCGCAGGUGGUGACCAGGAAGUGAGAGCCGAGAUUGGGAAGAAGGACGAAUCAAGCCCAACGCUGGAAAGGCUGGGGAAAACACCUGAACAUGUGGAAUCCUAAUACCGGGCAGCCAGGGCCAAAUCCGUAUCCCCCCAACGUCAGGUACCCUGGAGGUCCCAAUCCUGCCCAUCCACCACCUGUCAAUCCGGCCUUUCCUCCAGGCCCCUUUCCCACUCCCCCAGGAGCUCCCCAGGGGAAUCCAGCUUUUCCCCCAGGUGGGCCCCCUCAUCCUGUGCCACAGCCAGGGUAUCCAGGAUGCCAACCCUCAGGUCCCUACCCUCCUCCACAUCCACCACCUGCCCCUGGCAUGCCUCCUGUUAAUCCCUUGGCUCCUGGCAUGGUAGCACCAGGAAUGAUGAUGGACAAGAAGAUAAGGAAGAAAAUGAAGAAAGCCCAUAAAAAGAUGCACAAACACCACAAGCAUGGCAAGCAUUCCUCCUCUUCCUCUUCCAGCAGUGACUCUGACUGAAUACAGGAUGUGGACCCUUCCCUCAAGUCUCACCAGUUCUGCUCUUCCCAUAAAGCUCCAGAUGUCAUGUUGCACUGGGGGAAAUUAGCCCUUGUGCCCCCAGUCCUCACUCCCACCUGAGCCUUACCCUGCUGUUCAGUACUGACUGGUUAGAGAAAAUGGGAAGAGGAUUACCAUCGGCUAGCAAAGGCCAUCUUAUGGCUUCUUGGAUAGAUCUUAUAGAUGAUGAGCUUAGCAGAGGAGCUGUUUUUUGAAGAUGAUGAAAUUUGGAGAUAAAUGUUGAAGUUUAAAAUCUGUAAGAUGUGAUUUUUUAACUUCCUUUUGUAAUAAUUGUGGUUUGGGGGUUUUGUGGGAAUUUAAUUAUGAAGACCUGUGCCUAUUUUGUAAUGGUGGCACACUUAGGUGAUUUAGUGGCAAAUACAUUUCCCAGCAGGCGUUUUUUUUUGGCACCAUGCUCUAACCAAGUAACCGGCCACCAGCUAGCACACCUUUUAUUGAUUGCACUAACUGUAAGGCUGCUGGGAAGUAGAGUCAAUUUGGUUGAACUUUGAUUUCCAUUUUGGAACCUAGUCUCUACUCAAUAGCCUAUCUCAGGUCCUACUCUCAUUCUCCAACUCUUGAGUCUAAAUAAAGCUACUUCUUCUGGUCUCUGUU